AUGUGGGCCGGAAGACAACCGACAGUAAACAAAAAACAAACAAAAACACUUCAGCGAGCUCCAGGUCUGGCUGAACAGGAAAGGGAGGAGUCCCACAUACCUUCUUCUCGCUCCUCCCGUGACGUCACGCGCCAGGGCCGCCGGCGGGGCAAGACGGGCCCCGCGCCAGUGCCGCGCGCGCCGUUCGCCUGGUCGCACGCCCGCCGCUGCCGCCCGCCGUCUCCGCCUGCACCUCGCCGCCAGCCGCUCACAGCCACACGGGCACUCCGCCUCCACCCACCCACCACGCGCUGUCCCACCACUCUCUCCCGUGAGUAUCUCGUUACAUUUACUACUACACACUCAUUGUCUAAAUCCAACGCAUGCUCCGUGCGGAAGAGUGAUGCAGAUUUCACUUCUACCCGAUCCGCCGGGACUUCUAAGCCGAAGAAAGCAAUGGUUAGAAAAUACGAAAGGAUGAGCGGGCGACAAGCCUGGAAUGAAGAGGACAUGGCGAAAGCCGUAGCCGCUGUCGUCUCAGGUAAGAUGGGAUACAAGCUGGCCGCUAGAACUUUUCACAUACCGCGAUCCACACUGCAAAGGCGUGCCAGCAAAAUCCGCUACCUACAUCCCGAUGACACGAAACCCCUCAUGGGUCACUACAAAAGAGUCUUCACUGAAAGCCAAGAGAAAGACUUGGUCGGCUACAUCAAAAGUAUGGAACAGUACUUCAUGGGCGUCUCCAGAAGAGAUAUAAGAGAGCUGGCUUUCCAGUACGCCGAAGAUAACCACGUAAACCACCCCUUCGACGUCAAUAGCAGAAUGGCCGGUGAGGACUGGGUCAGAAACUUUCUGAAGAGGAACCCAGAGCUGCUACACAAGCCAGAGAAAGAUAUGGAAUUGGAACCGGUGAACUUUGACCAGUUCUACCACUUCAUGUGCCAACUGUCGUGAUGUCGGUAGGAGAGUAGGUGUGUGGGCCGCAUGCGACGCCCGCCCGCAUCCUCUGCGACGUCGUGCUUCAACCAAUCUAUUAGUGUACUCUCAAUUGAAAGUACCGCAGCUUACCGGAACACUGUUCUUCGGAAGUGCGCUCUGUUAUGGUUCCACUAGCUCAAGAUUUCCCGUAUCUAAUGAAAUUAAUAAAUAGAAACAAAACCCACGCGUUUUAUGGAAUUUGAAAAAGAAACGCGAUUCAAUUUCACGGAGAACAGUGUAAACUGUGGGAUGGUCCUCUCAAUCAAUACAUGUGAUGCUGAAGAGACUGAAUAUUUGAAUAGCACAAGUUACGUUCACUAUCAUUUUCGUGACAUCAAACACGUUUUGAAUCGCUCAUUUCUGAUUGCCAAAAAUAGACACUAGUAGAUUGAAGUCAAAAAGCUUGCUGAAUAAGUGAGCCUAAGCUUAAUUAAUGUAGGUAUAAAAAUUAAAAACAUUUGUUAUAAUUAUAACGGUAGUGAGAAAGCUCAAAAUGUUAAUAAUUUAAAAAGUUUUAUCCGUUCAUAAUAUUUAUAAAGAGUAAAUAAUCUAUAAAUCAGGUACUUAGUUAAUUGUGAAAGAAAUGCGUUGCGCAUUAUUUUAAUAUAUUUUAUAGUCUAAUCCUGUUGUAUAAUGGUGUAUGACUUAUUGAAAUGUGGGCUGUGAUAGCAGAGAAAAGCUUAUUUUUUAUGGAGCAUAUCAAGCGAAUUAUGUGAUGGAAUGAAUGUAAAGAAUAUAUGUAUACUUAGCACAAAAUAUAUUAUAACUUAAGUCCGCUCGCAAAAAUUAAAGCAAACAUAUGUCUACCUUUUAUUAAUCUUAAUAAAAAUGAGUACAACUUAUUGAAAUAUGUUAAUGGAAAUUUUAUAAUGAAACACCUUAAAAUACUUAUCUUUUUCAGUUCCAAUAUAGCUUCAAUUCAAUCAAUUUAUCUAUCUUUAGGAGGAGCUCGAUGGCGCAGGUGGCUAGCGCGUUCGGCUGCGAUCGUUGAAGUUAAGCAACUUUCGCAGUGGUCGGUCAUUGGAUGGGUGACCAAAAAUUUACUAUCUCGAGCUCCUCCGUGCUUCGGAAGGCACGUUAAGCCGUUGGUCCCGGCUGCAUUUUGCAGUCGUUAGCACCCACCAAUCCGCACUGGGCUCGCGUGGUGGGUCAUGGCCCAAUCUCCCUAUUCCAUCCAUAGGGAAGGCCUGUGCCCCAGCAGUGGGGACAUUAAUAGGCUGAUGAUGAUGAUGAUGAUCUAUCUUUAAUCAAGAACAGACACACAUACAAAUAAAUUAUGGUAGGUGUUUAUGUCGUAUCAGCAAUUGGCGAUUAUUUUUAUAAAAUAUGUAGGUAAUGUUGGAAGGUGGUGGUAAUUGGAAACGGUUGGUGAUACUAGUGCUAUAAGUUUCCUUUGUAAAUUAAUGGAAAAAGUUAGAUAUUAAUCAUCCCUAUAGAUUAAUAACACUGAAUACUGAUUUUCUGAAUCAAGAUAUUGGUACUUUGUUUGAAAGAUAUUGUCGAAGAGUUGCGUAGCAACUUUUAUACGUUUCAGCUUGAUAUCUAAACAGAAUCUCUCAACAAGUAUAUAAAACAAACUAAAUAUGUUGAUGAUUUUCAGCGCUACAAGAAUUCAAAGCAAAAAGACCUCUCGAUUGAUCUACAUUAUCGCUUUAGAUAAGACUUAACUGAAGAGAGCGGGUAUAGGUAAAAUAUAUGAAGUUAUGGUUUUAAUCGGCAAAUUAAUUAAUGGCAGUUUUUUAUUGACUAAAAAUAAUAAUCUGGUCAAUUAAACUAAAGGAAUUAUCAGCAUGUAGUGUUAUCACAUAAAAUUGUAAAAUACGUAACAUUUAAUGUUUUAGUUCCAUUUUGCUCGUAUCAAAUAUGAAUCGGUUUUAAUGGAUAGAAGCAAUUAUUGUAUUUUUCUAUAUUGGUAUACUAAUUCACUAUAACAAACACAUAUGAUAAAAAAUUACCAUAAUUCUUUAGGAAAUACAUAUUUAGUUACCUGAAUUGAUUUUUGAUCUCUUACGUUAGUAAAUAAAUCGAAAAGUAGAUUUUAUAAAGUGGUUAUUUUAAGUGUUCGUGGUACCUAUUAGAUUGUUUUAAUGAAAAUAAUUUUACUUUCAUUGUAUGUUUUUAUGACGAAUGCCAAAAUAAGUGUUGUUUAUAAUAUAUCAAGUUUAUUUACGUAGUUCCAGGCAUAAGUAAUAAAUAACUUAUAUUAGAACAAUAUUGCAAAAAAGAAACUUAUAUAUACAUAUAUAUAAAAUAUUAACUCUUUACUUCAAUAAUUUUAAUGUAUUUUAACGUGAAUUUUGUAAUGAGAACUCUGUAUUUAUAAAGUUACAAAUCUUAAAAAAAACGAAUAUUAUAUUUGAGACAUCUCAUUAACUACAUUAAUUUUGUCUCAAUCUGAUUACUUAAAAUGUCAUUAUAAAGUUAUUAAGUGAACCACUUAAGUAAGUCAAAAGAUAAUAAACCAAUAAAAGAAACUGGACUACAAAGAAUAAUAAUCUAUUGUUUUAAACUUUCAUGGUCGCUAACAUUAUAGUAAUAUAAGUUAUUUACGGGUUUGUUACCGUGUACCUUGUUUUAGCGAGUUUCCGAUAUUUCGGCACUGUUAUUUGCAUAUACAUUAUAUAUAUUUAAAUAUGUAACUGACUGUUACUCCGUAAUAAUGGGCUUGCAACAGUGCCGAAAUAUCGGAACCUCGCUAAAAACAAGGUACAUGGUAACAAUCUCGUAAAUAACUUAUAUUACUAUAAUAAUCUAUUAUUAGAAUCUCCCGAGAAAUAAAUCCACACAAAAGUUUCUUUUUAAUGACUUUUCUGAAGUCGAAACAAUAAUAAGUAGGUAUUUAAUUGCAUAUAUUGGUUAUAAAAUGUUUACCAUAAUUAUAUAUUUUCUUGUUGUUCAAUGGUUUGUUAUUUUUCGGGAGUUGCAACAAUAUUAUUUUGUUAAGAGAAAUAUGUUUAAAUUUGAUUGGUUAUCAUUGAUUAUUUUGUGUACAGUCAACCUGAAUAAAAAACUUAAUAUAUUAUUAUUACUGUUAAAUUAUUUAGUACUUAAUUUUAGUUCGGUUCAAUAAAUGCGUUUUAAAUGAAUAGUAAAU